AUGAAUUUGGACCCGCUUUCAUUUGCGUUAUCUGAAAUAAGUUAUACGGUUGCCAACUUGACUAAGAAAAACUAUAAGCAAAGUAUUGCUGCUAUAAAUCAUCUUGUGAACCAGCACGGAGCUGAAGCCGACAGGCAUCUUUUUAGGUGCCUUUUCUCGUACAUCGACUUCAGCGGAGAUGGUAAAAGCAGUGGCAAGGACUUCUAUCAGAUACAAUUUCUGAGUCAAGAAUUUGGAUCCCUGCUCACCAAACCGAACUUUGUUUCUAUUCUUUGUUACUCUAUCGACAACCCUCUUCAACAGCAGACUAGUUUGAAACCAUCACCUCACCUCUUUAGUCAGAUCAGCAGAGUCUUGCACCUAUCCCGGGUGCAAGAGGUUGCUGUAGCUCUCGCUCUACUCAACUCUUUCAAGACUGAUAUUGUCAACUUUGCACUCCAGUUUGCGAAGCAGAAGCUCCCAGAACUAAUCAGAUCAUACGUGGAUGUUGAUACCGGUCGUCAGGAGGGUGGGCUCCAAGACUCUGACAUAGAGAUCCUCCACCUGCUGCUGUCCCACCUGGUCACACAGAGAGAACAGUUUGGCAUUGCGCAAGAGACUUUGGACACCUUCCUCAAAGCUGUCAGACGAGAAUUCCCCCGAGAACGAGUUCCAGCUAUUGUGAGCCCUUUCAUAUAUCCCAGUGUGGAAGACAUAACAGGGAAGAAACUCGCAGAUAUUUCAACAAUGAAGAAAACUAUGACUGAAGUCAGCAUUGCAGAAAUUAUGAUGGAAAGUGGUUACAGCUGCACUCUAAAUGCUGAAGAAUGCCGUACUGUGUUAACUCAAUGUGGAGCCAAGGAAGUCAACCCGGCCGCUGUUGCCCGUACCCUAGGCAUGAUGGUCCGCACACCCGUCGGGCUAGGAGAGCAUGGACAGCAGCCAAGUGACCGUCCUGAGGUUCCCGGAGUUUCCACAUGGAAUGUAGACAUCUUUCUUCAAAUCAUCAAAGAAAUGAACCCACAUCUUAGCUGGCGAGAGGUUGUCUCCCAUCUGGACCAUAAAGGUUUCUUGAUACCCAGUAGGAAAGGUUUAAGACUUCUUGUCCAUGUGAUUUCUCGAGGCAUCCAGGAACCUUUUCCAACAGACUUGGUCUACAAGCCAUGGAAUAACACCGAGGGACAGCUGUCAUUCCUGAUACAAGCAUUGAAACACCCAGAUGUCUUCUGCCUGGCUGACCACAAAGGUGACACCCCCACGGUGGCUACUGACAUUCUCAAGUCUGCACCGAAUGAGGAUGACCGGGAAAUCGCUACCUGGAAAUGCCUGAGUCUCGUAGAAACCCUGCUGCGGUUGUCAGACAGUGGGCAUCAUGCACCGAUCCUGGAACUCUUCAAAGCCCCGAUUGCCAAAUGUCCUGAUAUAUUGGUGCUGGCCCUUCUGCAGAUUACACCAACCUGGAAUAGACUGAAACAGGAUCUUAUUUCUAAGUUGAUGCCAAUCUUUUUGGGCCAGCAUGCCAACUCAGCAGUAAUCCUCCAUUAUGCUUGGCACCAUCAGGGUCAUUCCAGUAACAUCCGCACACUGAUCAUGCACUCCAUGGCAGAGUGGUAUAUGCGAGGAGAGCCACAUGACCAGGUUCGGCUCUCACGGAUUUUGGAUGUUGCUCAGGACCUGAAGGCUUUAUCGAUGUUGCUCAAUGCGACCCCUUACGCCUUUGUUAUUGAUCUGGCAUGCCUGGCUUCCAGACGGGAGUAUCUGAAGUUGGACAAAUGGCUCAGUGACAAGAUCAAUGAACAUAAGGAAGCUUUCAUUCAAGCUUGUGUGACAUUCUUAAAGCGUCGUUGCCCCCAGUUACUGGGGAUGCCUGUGAAAGAGGAGCCUCCACAGACUCGAAGUCAACAGCUGCCGCCAGAAACUGUCGUCACGAUGCUCAAUUGCCUGAAAAUGUGGACACCGCACCUAGGACAAGAACUUGCUGACGCUAUAACAUCCAUGUGCACCAAUGCUACUGGUUAUAUCAACAAAGUGCGGUCUGCAAUGCCUCCCACAAUGUCAGGUCUUGCACCUAAGCAGCCACCAUUCCAACCUCAGAAUAUGGUCAGUUCACUGGAUCCAUUGGCUAACAUUGGUGGAGUUCUUGCCCAGCCUGGCUCAGCGCCUGUUGGCCCACCUGGGGCCCAAAAUCUGCCACAGGCAAUGGCAAAUCUAGCCUUGGCACCUCCAGUACCACCAGGGUCACCUUCAAAGACAUUUGCGUCCGUUGCGCCGCAGCAGCAGCCAGUACCUGCUGCAGCAGGAAUCAGUUUUAACCCAAUGAUGCCGGGUAUGGGGCUACAGCCAUCUAUACCUCAAAGCAUUGGUCCCGGCCCGACAUCCGGUCCCGGCCCAGGACCUCGACCUCCUGUAAGCAACCUGGCAACGUUGGCAGCUUCAAGUGCACAGCAACCUAAACCAGGUCUCCCAGUAAGCCAAGAAAGAUUGGGCAACCGCACAGUGCCAGGAAAUCCAGCAAGCGACAUGUCCAACAUCUUCCCAGAGAUGACCCAGACCUUCAGCAAAGAAGUGGAAGACAGGGCCAACACUUACUUCCAGCAGAUCUACAACCAGCCGCCAGCUCCAACCAUGAGCAUUGAUGAGGUUCUUGCAAUGCUCAAGUCCUUCAAAGAUUCUCAUGAUAAAACAAACAGGGAUGUGUUUGCAUGCAUGCUGCGCAACCUGUUUGAGGAGUACAGAUUCUUUCCUCAGUACCCAGAUCGAGAGCUACAGAUUACUGCUCAGCUCUUCGGUGGAAUCAUCGAACAGAAUAUUGUCACCUACUGGACUCUGGGCAUCGCAUUGCGAUACAUUCUUGAAGCCCUCCGCAAGCAGCCCAACAGUAACAUGUACCUGUUUGGUGUGGCUUCUCUGGAGAGAUUCAAGACCAAGCUAAAGGAGUAUCCACAGUAUUGCCAGCACCUGGCACAGAUACCACACUUCAUGCAGCUGCCACCCCACCUCAUUGAGUAUGUGGAAUAUGGUGCCAGAUCCCAGGAGCCGCCACACCCACAGAUGCCACAUGGAAUGCUGAGUGAACUCAGUGGUCGGCCUAUGACCCCGGUGGGGAACUUUCCAGGGCUAGUCAGAACAUCUCUGCCUGGUCUAGAUGGACAGAAUGCACCCCCUCCGCCGCCGCCUCCCCCUCAAACUUCAAGUGCAGCGCCAGCAGUACCUCAGUCGACUGCAGUACCAUCUACAGCAGCAUCUUCACUUGUUCCACCCACAUCAAGAGGGGCAACUUUUGCAAAGCCGUCCAUCGCAACAGCCACUAACAUAGACACUCUACUGGCUGGCCAGGGAAACAAUGAUGUACUGUUCCCCCCAGAUUCUAUCCAGGACAAAGUCUUCUUUAUUUUUAACAAUUUGUCAUUGGCCAAUAUGAAUCAGAAGGCUGAGGAGCUGAAGGAAGUUACGGGAAAUGAGUAUAUUUCUUGGGUGGCCCAGUACCUGGUCAUGAAACGCGCCAGCAUUGAACCCAAUUUUCACACACUCUACUCUAACUUUGUUGAUGUUCUUGGGAUUGAAUCUCUCACAAACAAAGUCAUUGCCGAAACCUUUAGAAACAUCAAGGUCCUGUUAUGCAGUGACAAAGGUGUUGCCAACUUCUCAGACCGCACCUUGCUAAAGAAUUUGGGUCAUUGGCUGGGAAUGCUUACUCUUGCUAAGUGUAAGCCUAUCCUGACCAUGGAUCUAAAUUUGAAAGCUCUCGUCUAUGAGGCCUACCAGAAGGGCAAUCAGGAGCUUCUGUAUGUUGUGCCGUUUACAGCUAAAGUCUUGGAGUCAUGUGCUAAGAGCAAGAUUUUCUGUAAACCCAACCCAUGGAUGCUGUCUAUCAUGAAUGUCUUGGCAGAGCUGCACCAGGAGAAUGACCUGAAACUGAACUUGAAGUUUGAGAUUGAGGUCUUGUGUAAGACGCUGAACAUUGACAUCGCCACCGAGCUGAAGCCAACCAAGUACCUCCGAGACCCUACGAGGAUGCAGACGUUGGAACACCAGCUGUCGCCUGUCAAACCCCAGGAAGAACCUGUGCAGACUGCUGGCAUCACCAACCCUCCUCUUCCUCUUCCAAUGAUUGCUGGGAUGCCCAUCUCACCGCACAUCCCGCCGCCGCCUGCCAGCAUCACCACCAUCCCACCCCCGCCUUCUGUGGGCCCUCCAGUGUCCACAGCUCCGUCGGUGGGUUCGAUGUACUUGCAACCCAAGUUCAGCAUUCAUGACAUCAACACCAGUUCUUUGACCGCCUUCCUGCAGCAACACAUUGUUAUCAAUGAACAUGUGAUGUACAUCCAGGCCAACCUUCCACUGAGGAACAGUGUAAUUGGGGCUAUCGAGAACACCAUGCAAGACUUCAUUGGUCCGAUCACUGAUAGGGCUAUCAAAGUUGCUGUCGCCACCACAGAACAGAUUGUGAAGAAGGACUUUGCUCUGGACUCUGAUGAAAUCCGCAUGCGGAACUCAUCCCAGGCCAUGGCUCGUAACAUCUGUGCUGGACUGGCUCUGAUCACCUCUCGGGAGCCCAUGGUCCAGCAGCUGAAGCUCUCAAUCCAAGCUGCACUGGUCAGCAACUUCAGAGGGCAACCGUCAGCUGCUCAGAUGAAGAACAUUGAAGAAAGCUCUGUCAUCUUGGCAAAUGAUAAUGUGGAGAUAUGUGCCAACUACAUCCAGAAACUGGCAGUGGAGAGAGUUGGUGCAGAGAUGGAUAAAAAACUGGCACCUGAAUUUGAAGCCCGUAAAGCAGCUCGCCAAGAGGGCCGACGUUACUGUGAUCCCCAGGUACUAACCUACCAGGCGGAGAGAGUUCCGGAACAGAUUAGGCUCAAGGUUGGUUCAGUUACUGCACAACAGCUGGCAGUGUACGAUGAGUUUGCUCGCAACAUCCCAGGAUUUCAGCCUCUCACAGACCAACUGCUACCAUCUGGAUCUCGCCCAACAGGCAUGACUGGCCAUGAAGAAAUGAGCCUUAUCUAUGAGAAGAUGGUCAGUGAGAUCGAAUCCCAUAUUCACUUGAUGGCCAACCCAAGUAUGUUCCUGCCUCAUCUGCAGCAGCUCAUGCAGGCAAUAACAGUUGCCCGUAACACUUUGGACAGAGCCUCUGCUGCCCAGCUGGUGCAGAAGGCUGUUGAAGGUCUCACAGAGCAGUACACUAUGACCACCAUGGCAGACGGGGAAACAUUGCUGAGGUUCAGGGAAUGCCACAUGCUGGUGCUGAAGACCUUCUCUGAGCACAGGGCUUUCGGCAUGCCCUGGGUCAGUAAGGAAGUCACAAGAUGCUUGAUGCAGAGCCGGGAGGACACUCGCUACAAUCUGGACGUUGUGGAACUUCUGAUCCGCAGUGGGUUUGUGAACAUGCAGCAGUACGAUGUCUACCUCUCAUCCCUGAUGGAGAACGGACUCAACCAGACGGGCAUCAAUUUUGCCACCCAGCUGAUGCAGCGGUUGUGCAUGGAGGACAAGUCUCAACCACAGGGCCAGCAGCAGGUAUUUUCUGAGUCUGACUUCAGCAACAGCAUUGAAGCCCUGAAUAUGAUUGGCUCCAGAUCUAGACAGCCCCAACACGAGAGCCUCCCGGCCCUCAUUGAGUCCUUGCGAGGCAGCAGCACCAGUUCAGACUCCGGCAGCCUCAUGGACCGUGUGUCAGGCAGUGUCACCACCAUGAUGCAGACUGGCAUCACCCAGGCGCGGGAGUUUGAUGACCCCCAGGGUCUGCAUGAGAAAACUGAGUUCUUGCUCAGGGAGUGGGUGACCAUGUACCAUUCUCCGCAGGCCGGACGGGACAGUUUCAAAGCCUUUAAUGCAUUUGUUCAACAGAUGCACACACAAGGCAUUCUGAAGACUGAUGACCUCAUCACCCGUUUCUUCCGCCUGUGCACAGAGAUGUGUGUGGACCUGUGCUAUCGUGCACUUGGUGAACCCGGUCACUCCACCACAAUGAUUCGGGCGAAGUGUUUCUACACUCUGGAUGCAUUUGUGCGGCUGAUUGCUUUGCUCGUGAAGCAUUCAGGGGAAACAAACACGGUUACUAAAAUUAACCUCCUGAACAAG